AAUAUUUUUCUUGUUAAAAAAAUCAGUUUGGCGUUUUGAACCCCAUCCCUAUUUUUACUCUCCCGUUGCCGCUAUGAAUAGAAGCCACUAAAAUUAAACCCUCCGCAUCCUCCCAGGCGAGCUCCACUUCAACGCCGUGCGCCGCCGUCUUCCUCCGCAGCAGGCACCCAACGACGAUGAGGCUCUUGACUCACAACAUGCUAUCUUCGAAUAUAAAGGGGGUGACUAACGGCUUUCCUCUUCGGAUCGAGGUAGAGAAGGCCAUGGAGAAAUCGGUGGAUUUCAACGGCGAGUUCAUCAGGAGUCUCUUCCCGAAGAUCGAUUGGGCGGCGCUGGUCGAAGCUUCGAGAAGCUUGGGCUACGCGGAGCUGCCGGAAAGUGCCGACGCCGCUGCUUCCAUGCUUGAAUCGGAGGAGUUUCUCCAGAAGGUACACCAUGCGCUCCUCGAGAUUCAUCUCGAAGAGGGGGCUCUGGUUUGCCCGGAAACUGGCCGGAAAUUUCCUGUGAGUAAGGGGAUUCCCAACAUGCUUCUUCACGAGGACGAGGUCUAAUUUCGAUCUUAUGAAUGCUUUUGGAUUGGGAUUUAGUGGCCUGAGUUAGGGUUUAUGGCCGUUUAUUAUGGAAUGUUUUCAUGGAAUUGAUCAAUUGAGUAUGCAACUGAAAUCAAUUUGCUUUUUUGUGUUAAUCUCUUUCUGAUCUUGAUUGAAGCUUAAAAUUACUCUGUGUGGAAGACGAUUAACAGAUUAUAAGAGACCAAAUCUCAAAUAUGCAGAUUGCCCAGUGCCCUAACUGAACUGCUUCAUAAAAAAAGACUGAACCUUUAU